AUGGGCUGCUCUCCUCCUCGGCGUGGUCGGAGGCUGCCUCCGUCUCUACGCCCACCAAUCAGUAAUUCACUGAGCCAGAGCCACAACUGCUAUGAGGGCUGGGAGGAGGACCUGCUGCCUAAGGAGAGGGAGGUUCCUCUGCUAAACCUCUACCUUACCACCAAGAGAGUGGAGGACAUCGCCCUGAGGCUUGUCUCCCUGCGCCAGGCCUUCACUACCCUGUUCGGUUCCACCCUGAGCAGGAACCAUCUGUUUGUGGCAGGAAAGGUCCUAAUGGGCGCACUGGUUCAGGCCCACCACAUGGACGAGGCCGAAUUCAUCCGUGCCUAUAACGACUUUGUGGACUACCUGAGUGACCCCUCCAAGCAGAUUGACAUUGAGAGGGAGCUGGCUGAGGCAAAGAUCCAUCAUGUUAACCUGAUAGAUGUCCUCUUUGAACUGGUGAUGUUUGGGAUGAUGACAGCUCAGAAGUCCCUGAUGGUGCACCCUGGUGGGUUCAUGGAGCGUCUGUACGCUCUCCUGUACUCCUUCCUGCCCGUAACUUCCAGCAUUGAGCCAAAGGCAGAGAGAUACUUGCUGCUGCUCAAUGGCGGGCUGAUGGCUCUGCUAGAUGACAUGUUUGGGCAGCAGCUGGCCUGGUACUUUAACCCAGAGUCUCUGGUCACUGAGCUCUCCAGCCUCCUGGGGUACCACAUGGAGAACCUCAUGGCCAGCAUGUAGUCCUGCUGCAGAGAUCUGAAAGGCCACACUUCUCUUUCUCGCUCUCAGGAAUUGAGGACUUGAAGUGCUUCGUUGAACCCUGAUUAGUUAACACCCAAUGAAUUAAUGUAUUCUCUUGUUUUCUCUCCCACAGGAUUCUUGUGACACUUUGCCACCAAACAGGGAUCUAGACACUACUGCGCUACAUUACUUUGCACUGAAAUUUACAUUUUAAAAUAAA